GCAAGAUGGUGGCGCGCAGGAGGAAGCGUGGGGAGCGGGACUCCGAGCAGGGGAUUCCGAGCCCCCCGGGUUACUCAGGAUCAUGUUACGUGCUUCUUUGUUCAUUGCCUUCUCCUACUCUCCUGUGAGCUUCCCGAGCACAGGUGCUGCAGCUGUAUCCCCAGUGUGCUCUGAAGAAGGCCGUGAGAAAAACAGAAAACAGCCCCUAGCAUUAUGGGAAUGUCAGCCGUUAUCCAAAUGAUCACACAGAUAGAGACUUAGAGACCGGGAGAGACGUUGUCAAGGCACAGAGCAGGUGGAUCUAACUUGGCACGUAAGGCUCUCUGAGGAAGUGAAGUUAAACCUGAAGAAUGGGUGGAGGGAAGAAGGUUGAUGUUUCAGCCAUUCCGAUCAAGUUCUCAGAAAAGCAGCAGGCUUUUCACUACCUCUAUGUGAAAGAGCACAGAGUUCGAGAAGGCACCAAGUCUUCCUGGCCUCAGAAGCGGACCCUCUUUGUCCUCAAUGUGCCCCCAUACUGCACAGAGGAGUGCCUGUCCCGCCUCUUCUCCCCCUGCGGCCCCGUCCAGUCUGUGCAGUUACAGGAGAAGCCAGAACUUGCUGACAGCCCAAAGGAGCCAAAAUCAAAGUUUUUUCACCCCACGCCCAUUCCGGGCUUCCAGGUAGCCUACGUGGUGUUCCAGAAGCCAGGUGGGGUGUCUGCUGCCUUAGUCCUGAAGGGCCCUUUGCUGGUUUCAACAGAGAGUCACCCUGUGAAGAGCGGCAUUCACAAGUGGAUCAGCAACUACACAGACUCAGUGCCAGACCCGGAGGCCUUGAGGGUCGAAGUGGACACGUUCAUGGAGGCGUAUGACGAGAGGAUAGCUGAGGAGGAGGCUAAGGCCAAGGAGGAGGAAGGGGUUCCAGACGAGGAGGGCUGGGUGAAGGUGACCCGCCGGGGCCGGCGGCCCGUGCUGCCGCGGACAGAGGCGGCGAGCCUGCGGGUGCUGGAGAGGGAGAGACGGAAGCGCGCCCGCAAGGAGCUGCUCAACUUUUACGCCUGGCAGCACCGAGAGACCAAGAUGGAGCUGGCAGCAGUGGGGGCCCCUGGGUUGUUCAGAGGCUUCAGACACACCUGGGAUGUAGGACCGCCUCCAGACCCUGAGCAGUUGGUGCUGGAACCUGUCAUCCUCCCACGGGGGCCAGAUUGCAGAGGGUGGAUCUCAGAUCUAGCCCAGCUGCGCAAGAAGUUUGAGGAAGACAAGCAGCGGAUUGAACUGAUGCGGGCACAGCGCAAGUUCCGACCCUACUGAGCUGAGCUGGUCCUGGAGCCCCAUGGAAAAGGGCAGUGAACGGUGGCGGUGCACUGCCAGGGAGGACCUGAAGACCUGGAAAACUCGCCCAGACUGCCCAGGCCCAGGGGCUGCCAGAUCCGAGCCCACACGGGUGGAGGUGGAAAGACAGGGCCCUCCCGUGGUUCUGGUGCGCACGUUGGGCAUCGUGCUGGCGAGGCCUGCCCAGCGUGAGGGCGUGGGCCGCCGGGAGCCACCAGCCCAGGCCACGGUUGUUUCCUUCUCCUGGUCUCUCUGUUCCCAGCCUGCCCCUGGCCUUCCCUUUCCAGCUGGGUGUGUCUCCCUUCCCCUCAGUGGAAGAGCCCCUCAGAAGCAGUGAGAAUACAAGAACCGCUUUAUUUUUCAUCCA